AUGUCGGGGAGAGAGCGCCACGGGUCAGCGGCGGCGACGGCGGCCGCGGCGGCGACGGCGACGGCGAGUGGCUCGGCUGGAAGUGGCGAGGGCGGGAACCCGCUGGAGGAGAGUUUGGUAGGAGAGGACGCAUGCGCACUGUGCGGUGUGGCCUUUGCCAAGAAGCGCAAGAGGAGGCGGUGCGUCUGUGCCGCUUGUGGUCUCGGCUUUUGCGCGCCAUGCCUUCGCUUCCCUCGCCCGCCACCUGUCGCCUUUUCGCCGCUCCACGCGCCGCCGCCGCCCAUUGCUCCUGCCCCCGCUCUGCAACAAGCAGACGCCACCGCUGCUGAUCCGGCAAAGUCCGGUGCGGACGAUGCCGUCUGCAAAGUCUGCUGGCUACAGGAGACGCUCAAGUUCCAGGCCGAGUUUGCCGAUCAUUUAGGCCAGCUGGCCGUCUCCAAGCGUCGCGCCUCGAUGGUUCCGCUCUCGCAAGCCUCGCGCUCGGUCUCAGCUGCUGCCGCUGCUUCUGCUGCAGUUGCGGCCGCAAAGUCGCCCGCCCGUCCCAAGCGCCCUCUGCCGCCGACGCCGACGCUGACGCCGACGCCGACGGAUACCGACAGUGAUGCUGCCGCGGGCGACAGCAGCCGGCCCAGCUCGCUCGACCUUACCCGCGUGACCUGUACCUGUGUUUGUCACGAGCAAAUGUCACUUUUUGGCAUCGCCGUCACCGAAGACGGGUGCUGCCGCUGCUACGGCCGCGAGGCGGGGCCGGGAGGCGCGGAUCCGGUGGCUGCAUCGGUGGCUGCCACCUCGGACGCACUCGAUGCCGUUCUUACUAUGGAGGCGGCUGAACUGCUGUUUGGCGCCGAGCCCGCGGAGGCUCAGGACGACGGCAGCGACAGCGCCUCCGACUCAGGUCCAAGUUCGGGGCCCAACUCGGGCUCAGACUCGGGCUCUGACUCGGACACGUCGUCAGAGCCAAGCGGAAGCGAAAACGACUACGAGCAGCUGGUCUGGGUCUCAGUGGCGGCUGACGAUGUUGACGAGGCACUGGUAGGCUCGGGCGUGUUUGUCAAUGUCAAGUGUCUGAUGGCCGCCGCGCCGGAAGCGCGCGAGAUUGGGACCGAUUCCGGCUCGGCAAACCCUGCAGCGACCGAGUCAGGCUUGGAGAUCAGCGGCGGAGCGAGGGCACGAAGCGGGUCAGACUCGUGCGCGCUCCUUGCUCGAGGCCGUGGCCAAGGCAGCGAGCCGGUCGAACUGCGGAAGCGUGUGCUCUCGUCCGAGGUUGCGACUGCCGAGUACAAGCUCGUGGGCCACACGGAGAUGCAGAUUGUGGGCGCCGAACGAAGUGCCCGGUUUCUCAUCAUGGUACCGGUUCCGCUCUGUGCCGGCGCCGAGCGGCGGUCGCGGUCGCGGGUCCAUUUUGAGCUCUGCGCCGGCUCGCCGAGCACAACAGCCAAGAACCUGACGCUUGUCACCUCGCGCGACCGCGAAGCGGCCAAUGCCGAGACCGCGGGGCCUCCCGGGCGCGCGCGCUCGGGUUCGUUCCUCUCUCGCCUUGGUUCAAAGCGGCGCGGGUCUUCGGCGGAGAGUAGCGCUGGCGCGCGGCAUAACCAAGAAGUGUCGGAAAAUUGCGUCGGGCGCGCGUCCUUUGCCAUGUCUGCGCUCGAGCUCGAGCCGGGCGGCAGCGUUGGUCGGCCGAUUCGAGUCCCGGCGACCGGAAGCCCAGCUGGUCAUUUGGCGGUGAGCGUAGAGGACGUGGCCGUGGCGCGGCAUCGGGCGCUGGCCGAGCGGCGAUACGCGCUGCGCGCGGGCGAGAGCAGUAUGGUGUUGGCAACAGAGACACUCUCGCCGUCGCCGUUUACAUUUGACGUCCCACGCAAGCUGCUGCUGAUGUACACUCAGGAGCGAAUGGCCCAGCUCGCAGAAGCCACGACGCAAUUUGCCGGAACGUACAUGGGAGUGGUCGAGACCGGAAGACCGACGCCAGGCGAGGAGCUCCUUGUGGACAAGAUCAACAAGCUGCGCCACUACUUGGCUGGAGUGCUUGCGACAGGCCUCGCAGUCUGCCUCGCGUCGUCGGUCCACGGCUCGCAGUUCAAAGCAUCAGCUCGCAAGGCUGACGAUGCGGCGCGAUUUGUGGCGACAAAUCUAUACAUCCAACGGCUGCGAGUCCGUGGUCGCGGGUUAGAAGUCGAGGCCGAGACCGAGUACGUGACCGUGACGUCGGGCGCGCCGGCGGCCCACGUGUAUGGGUUCAAGAACGGCGGCCUCCGCCAGCUCCACGAAGAGCUUGUUGCGCUGGAGCGCGCAGGGCUCGCCUCAGCAACAGGCGACGACGACGGAAGUGGUGGCGAUGACGAGGUCGUGGCAGCAGCGCGGGAGGAGGCGCGGCAGGCACGACAGGCACGGGUUGAUGCGGUGGCGUGGGAGAUCUCGAUCCGGGUCGAGGUCGUGCUCUGCCAUGUGCUCUCAAUGCUGACAACGUCGCUAGCGACCGAGGCGCGCACCGCAGCCGACCGCGGCGACGUGGCGCGGCUCAAUUCAUGGGCGACAUGCGGGUAUCUGUUCCAGAUCGAGUCGCUGCUUUCAACCCGCGGGCGCGAGCUGGGCAUGCUCGGCGACAUGGACGUGGGCAUGCGGUCGCUGACCAAGGUCGACGUGCGGUUGCGUUUCUUCCCUGUGGCGCUUGUCGGCUCUGCGUCUGCGGCGUCGUUCGACGUUGUGGAGCUUGGGCGGCGGCCUGCGGGCGGAUACGUGCUCUCGCUCUCGCUAGCGGUGGCGAAGCAGGCAACGCUGGACACGCUCGGUGGCCGGUGGCGCGAGUUUGUCGAGUUUGGCGUCGUGCCGCUCCUGGUCUCGCAGGGCAUCAACGAGCAGCAGUCACUGGCCAACUUUGGCGAGGCCCAUUCGAGCCUCCGUUUCCUACUGGGCUCUGCCGAGCUCCAGGGCCUCAUCAACGAGGAAGCGCUCGAGGCGCUGCGGGCGUACACGGCACGGCUCGACCGCGGCGCGGCCGUGGCCGAGCUGGUCGCCGAGCUGGAGCGCAGCCUCAGCGCGACGGCGCGCGGCUCGAAGAACACCGAGCUGCUGCAGAUCGCGUCGGCACUGACCCGGGCGGUCGGAGGAGGGCGCGCGACGUGCUGUAAGUCGGCCAAAGACCGCACAGCCAUGUCGGUCACCCUCGAGCAUGCCUUUCUCCUUGCCCGCCAUCACGGGGUCAGCGAGGACGUUGUCGACGUUGCCGACACCAUGCGCGCCUUUGGCGUCCGCAAGGACAACGUCAAGCUCAACACAGGCAAGACCGGCUACGCCUUUAACGCCCUCCAGAAGCGCAUGCUCCCCGCCGCCUAUCAGCCGCCGCGCAAGUAGCGGACGGCAGCCGCGCCUCGUUGCCCCC